AUGGUCGACCAAACGGCGCAAACGACGGAAGGCGAGGAGGUACAAGCGGCGCCCGCGGCCGGCCAAGUGGUUCCCCACAGGCCCAGCGGCCUCUACGGCGAGGUGACCAACAAGGGCUGGGACGACGUCACACCGGCGCUGUCGGCAGGCGUGAUGGACAUCAUCACCAACAAGCUGGGCUUCAACCGCAUGACCCCCGUCCAGGCCGGCACCAUCCCGCUCUUCCUCUCCUACAAGGACGUCUGCGUCGAGUGCGAUGGCGCUCGCCAGGCGUGCACGGGGUCGGGCAAGACGCUGGCCUUCUUGGUGCCCCUGUUCGAGAUGCUCCUGCGCAGGGAGGACCCGCUGAAGAAGCACGAGGUGGGCGCACUCAUCAUCACCCCGACCAGAGAGCUGGCGAGCCAGAUCACCGAGAUCGCCAAGGUGUUCAUCGAGAACCUGAAGGGCACGCCCGGCAAGCAGUCCUUCACGCUCCAGGUCUUCAUCGGAGGCGUGGAGCUGUCACACGACAUGCGAAAGUUCCAGGCGGAGGGUGGUCACGUUAUCAUUGGCACGCCCGGCCGGUUGGAGGACAUCAUCAACAAGAUGGACCACGUCUUCAACACCAGGAGCCUCGAAGUGCUCGUGCUGGACGAGGCCGACAGGCUGCUGGAGAUGGGCUUCCGGCCGCAGAUCAACACCAUCCUCAACAGGCUGCCCAAACAGAGGCGAACCGGCCUCUUUUCCGCGACCCAGACGCAAGAGGUGGAGCACCUCGCCCGAGCCGGCCUGCGCAAUCCGCUUCGUGUCGGAGUCAAAGUGCGGACCAAGGGCGCGCAGGUCAAGAACCAGAAGAUUCCCCUGACGCUUACGAAUUGGUACAUGACGGUCGAGAGCGAUGAGAAGUUGGCGCAGCUGUGUCACUUCAUCACGACGCACUCCUCGCAGAAGAUCAUCGUCUAUUUCCUGACGUGUGCGUGCGUGGACUACAUCUACCGGGCGUUGACGGUCCUGAAGAAGUCUAAGGCCAUUCCCGAAGAUUUCGAAUUCCUUUCGCUGCACGGCAAGGUGCCCCAGCAGAAGCGUCCUCUCGUCUUCAACAAGUUCGUUUCGGAGAAGAACGGCUGCGCUCUGCUCGCCACCGAUCUGGCGGCCAGAGGCCUCGACGUGCCCGACGUCGAUUGGAUCAUCCAGUACGACCCGCCGCAGGACCCGGACACGUUCGUCCAUCGAAUCGGCCGCAGCGCUCAUUUUAUGAAGUACAAGGGCGUGCCAUUCAGGGAGAUGGAAAAGGCGACGGACGUCAUGGACGUGAUCCCCAUCGUGCGCCAGGCCGCCACCAAAGAUCGAGAACUCAUGGAAAAGAGCAAGCUGGCCUUUGUCUCCUUCGUGCGCGGCUACAAGGAGCACCACUACAAGUACAUCUUUGUGUUCGAGCGCCUCAACCUGGGCAAGCUCGCCAUGGCCUUCUCCCUCCUUCGCCUGCCGUCGAUGCCCGAGACCCGCAACAAGAAGGUGGACGACUUCACGCCGGUCGAGAUCGAGCUGUCGGCGGUGCCCUACACGGACAAGAAGAAGGAGAAGCAGCGCAAGAUCAAGCUGGCCAAGAGCCUCAAGGAGGAGGCCGAGAAGCGGGCCAAGGUGGGCAAGAAGGGCGCCGACGUCAAGAACUCGGCGCCGUGGAGCCGCAACCAGCUCAAGAAGGAGAAGCGCGACAAGCGCAAGAUGCUCAAAGACAACAAGCGCAAGCGGAUCGAGGAGGUGCGGAUGGGCCUCAACAAGAAUGGUGAUGGUGACGACGAUGACGAUGACGGUGAGGAGGACUGGAAGGAGCUGGAGAACGAUCUCAAGGAGGAGCGGCUGCUCAAGAAGCUGAAGCGCGGCAAGAUCUCCAAGGCCGAGUUCGAGAAGCGCACGGGCGAGCGAGAUCUCGAGGAGGAGUUUGAGAGCGAGCUGGCCAAGGAGGCCGAGGUGGCGGCCCAGGCCAAGGCUACGGCCGCGGCCGCUGCAGCUGCUGACACUGACGCGACCGACACUCCGCCCGCGGCCACCACCACCAAGAAGAGCAACAACAAGAAGAAGAGGAAGAACAAGAACAAGAAGCGAAGCCACUGA